AUGACGAAGGAAGAAGAAGAGGAGGAGGAGCCUCUAAGCCCGAUGGCUCGUGUAUUCCUAUCGCCGGGGAUAGACAAUUGCAUUAUCACGAUGAUCGGAUUCAAAGCCAAGAUUAAUCCUCACAUCAUUCUAGAUGACUUGAAGCAUAACGUUUCCAAGCAUCCUCGUUUCUGUAGUAAACUGUCAGAUGAUGGUGCUAGAUGGAUGAAGACUAGAGUCAAUGUAGAAGACCAUGUGUUUUCACCAGACAUAGACCUACAAGAGAUCAAAGACGAUGGAGAUGGCUUCGUCGAUGACUAUGUCUCGCGGUUAACGCUGAGCCCUCUCGAUAAAUCGAGACCGUUGUGGGAUAUUCACAUCCUCAAUGUCAAAACAUCUGAUGCAGAAGCGGUCGGGGUAAUGAGAUGUCAUCAUUCUUUGGCAGAUGGAAUGUCCUUGAUGUCUCUCUUGGUGGCCUGUACCCGAAAAACAUCAGAUCCUGAGGCAUUUCCUACCAUUCCUGCUAUAAAACGGCGAGAAAAAAUUGGAAACAAAGGAUGGUUUAUAAGAUCCAUAAUCGCUAUAUACUCUGCGGUGAGAUUGAUUUGGAAUACCAUUGUAGAUCUUUUACUGCUUUUGGCAACUACAUUGUUUUUGAAGGAUACGGAGACGCCCCUUAACGAAGGUGCUGGUGUCGGUAAUACAAGAAGAUUUUAUCACCGAACCGUCUCAUUGGAUGAUAUUAAACUUAUAAAAAAGACUAUGAACAUGACUGUCAAUGAUGUUUUACUUGGAGUUACACAAGCCGCUCUCUCACGCUAUCUGAACCAGCGAUAUGGCAACAAAGAUGGUGAGGAUGGAACAACGACAUCGGAUCAAAACAAUCUUCCAGAUGGAAUGCGAAUUCGAGCAGGUGUUGCGGUUAAUCUAAGGCAGGAUAUCGGAAUCCAGCCUGUUGCGGAUAUGUUGGCCAAGGGUUCGAAGUGUAGAUGGGGUAACUACGUCACCUUAGCUUUUGUUCCGUUCUCCAUCAGUUUAGAAACCGAUCCAUUGGUUCCUCUAUUAAAAGCUAAAUCAAUAAUGGAUCGAAUGAAGCACUCUUUUUGCGCGGUUGUGCAUUAUUCAAUCAUCAACGUCAUCCUUAAUAUUUUCGGACCUGAUGCUAAGGUAGUCAAACGUACAUUUUCGAACACAACAACAAUCUUAUCAAACAUCGUUGGCCCUGUUGAAGAAGUUAGUUUACACGGCAAUCAUAUCACUUACAUCGCUCUAAGUUCCUAUGGACACUCGCAAGCAUUGGGGAUACAUUUCAUAAGUUAUGCUGAGAAGAUGGUAAUUUCGAUAGCUGUUGAUCCUUCAGUCAUACCAGAUCCUCACAAUAUUUGUGAUAAAAUGGAGGAAUCUUUGAAAGCUAUGAAAGACGCUCUAUAG